AUGGCCCAACUGACGUCGGCCUUUCAUCCAUUGGAAGAGAAGACAGCCUUCGGAUCUAAGAAUACCCAUGGCUCGCCGAUAGUCGUAGCCUCCGAGGCUCGCAUCCCAGACCGCUCUCGUUUCUACGCAAUCAGGGUGUUCUGGGCAUUUGUCAAGAGCGAUAUCUUUACAUUCAGCACCCCUGGGAUUCUCUUUGGCAUGACUGGUGCUCUCUCCAAUAACGAACUACUCGAUGGCCCUCACUCGCAUCCAAUCGACAUACUCGGCCGUUUGCCAAAAGUUAUCCUCUCGAACGUCUUCACAAUUCUUUUGUUCAACUUUGCCAAUCAACGCUCACCAGCUUCGGUUCUGGAAGACAGCAUAAAUAAGCCGUGGCGGCCAAUCCCAUCAGGAAUGAUCACCCCGGAUCAGACUCGUCGAGCUGCUCUGUUCGUUUCGCCCAUCGCACUGGCUUGCAACUACAGCAUGGGUGUGGGAAGCGAGGGACUACUCAUGCAAGUCUUGACAUUUUACUACAACGAUCUUUGUGGCAGUGACGAGGUCGUCCGCGACGGCAUCAUCGCAGUGGCUUAUGCAGUUGUCAACACCAUGUCUCUCAAGAUUUGCAUCGGACCUGAGAACACCGUGAGCGCGCAAGGAAUGAUAUGGAUAACAGUCAUAAGCGGCAUCAUCCUCACGACGAUGAGCGUGCAGGACCUCAAGGAUCAGGAGGGUGACAAGGCCCGCGACCGCAAGACGCUGCCGCUGGUGAUCGGGGACUUGCAAACACGCAUCAUCAUCGCCUGUUCCGUGCCCUUCUGGAGUGUGCUUUGUGCGAGCUUCUGGAAUCUCAAGCCCGGUAUCGUGGCUUGUCUUCCCCUUGCGUUAGGGGCUGUGGUUUCCUGGAGAGUCUUGGUGAAGCGCACGGCUCAAGAUGACUCGAAAACCUGGAAGUUGUGGUGCGCUUGGCACACUGUGAUUUAUUUUAUUCCACUGACCAGGCUGCUCUCUCAAAACUAA